GCAGUUACAGUUGAGGAAAUAAAAUACUAGACGGUUAGAAAAAGACAUUUAGUGUCAAAGAUGUGUCAAGUGUCGGCGUUGAGGGCGCUGGUGGAGGAGAGGCUGUCUGCAGCUGUGGAGGAGAUUUUCAGAGCUGUGGAGACGAUGAGGAGGAUGAAGAACACACCAGAAAUGUUGACUGAUUGGCAGAAGGCAGCCGUACAAAAGCAGCUUUCAGAGGUUGCUGAUGACAUCUGUAAGAUGCUGGAGGUCAUGCUGGGUGAAUAUGAGCCUGAGGUCCCUGAUUCCAAUGAGGAGGGUGAGCUCCAGUUGUUGGACAUCACAUUGGAAACAGAGGCUGAUUUAUAUACACCAGGCAGACUCUCUAGGCUGGACACUGAUGAGGAUAUUUCAACUGAGCAGCAGAGAAGCAUUGACACUGAGGUCUAUGAAACAUCACAUCAGCAGAUCACAGACACGUCUACAGGGACAGACUCUGAGUUAAUCCAAAGUGAGCCCUUGCAUUUUCAGCAAACACAAAAGAUAGAAAAGUUCGCCUCAUCUGUGGUUGAAACAACUGUUCUGUUGCUGGACAGUUCUGAAGCUGAGACUGAAGAUAGUGAUUGUUAUGAAGAUCUAAAUGAGGAUAAUGAUGUGGAAGGAAACAACUGCAGGGAUCAAAACAAUGAGACGGAGAGUUCUGAUGGUGAGAGACAAGAGGGUGACAGCGAUGAGGAGUGGAGGGCUAGUGAAGAAGCUGAAAGCAAUGAAAGUGGCGAGGAGACUCAUAUCAGACCAAUAAGAAAAAAACAUGAACCUGACACAGCUAAAGACAUUAAGAAUAAAGACUCAUCCCUUGUGAAAUACAGCUGUAAAGUUUGCAGCAGGUCUUUCUGCCACAGAGCCUCAUUUGUGAAGCAUGUCAAAAAACUUGAGAGUGAUAAAGAUACUUGUGGAGUGUGUGGGAAACAUUUUGAGUCUAAGGAGAGCUUGAGACUUCACCUGCAAACUUACAGCGAAACAACUGACUGUGAAGUCUGUGGCAGGCAAUGUGAUGGCCCAAAACAUCUGGAGAUGCACAUGAGGACACACACAGGAGAGAAGCCAUACAUCUGUAGAAUGUGCGGGAAAGCCUUUAGUCUAAAAGGGACGCUGAUGACGCAUGUGCGGAUCCACACUGGAGAGAAACCGUACAUCUGCAGUAUCUGUGGGAAAGCCUAUGCUACUAAUGUAAGCCUGAAGGCACACAAGAGUCGAGUCCACACUGGAGUGUGUGUCUGCAGUAUGUGUGGUGAGAGCUUCAGACAGACUGAGGUUUCUGGACAAAGCCCAAACCUGUGCAAAGACUGUGGUAACCAUCAAGAGAACAGUGAGAGCUUGAAGGCACAUUCAAACAUAGACAGUGAAGAAGACAUUAACCUGAUUCAAAACAGUGAAAUGCAUAUGGAGAGCUGUGAUGCUGAGCACGAAUCAGGUACCAAUGAUGAGUCAAAAGAAAGUGAAGGAGCUGUUAUUCAGGCUCAAGGCUCAGCAAAACAGGAAGAUCCUGAAAAUAUGGAUCUGAAAUACAGCUGUAAAGUGUGCGGCAGGUCUUUCUGCCACAGAGCCUCAUUUGUGAAGCAUGUCAAAAAAUUUGAGAGUGAUAAAGAUACUUGUGGAGUGUGUGGGAGACAUUUUGAGUCCAAGGAGAGCUUGAGACUUCACCUGCAAACUUACAGCGAAACAACUGACUGUGAAGUCUGUGGCAGGCAAUGUGAUGGCCCAAAACAUCUGGAGAUGCACAUGAGGACACACACAGGAGAGAAGCCAUACAUCUGUAGAAUGUGCGGGAAAGCCUUUAGUCUAAAGGGGACACUGUUGACACAUGAGCGGAUCCACACUGGAGAGAAACCGUACAUCUGCAGAAUCUGUGGGAAAGCCUAUGCUACUAAUGUAAGCCUGAAGGCACACAAGAGUCGAGUCCACACUGGAGUGUGUGUCUGCAGUAUGUGUGGUGAGAGCUUCAGACAGACUGAGGGUUCUGGACAAAGCCCAAUCCUGUGCAAAGACUGUGGUAACCAUCAAGAGAACAGUGACAGCUUGAAGGCACAUUCAAACAUAGACAGUGAAGAAGACAUUAACCUGAUUCAAAACGAUGAAAUGCAUAUGCAGAGCUGUGAUGCUGAGCACGAAUCAGGUACCAAUGAUGAGUCAAAAGAAAGUGAAGGAGCUGUUAUUCAGGCUCAAGGCUCAGCAAAACAGAAAGAUCCUGAAAAUAUGGAUCUGAAAUACAGCUGUAAAGUGUGCGGCAGGUCUUUCUGCCACAGAGCCUCAUUCUUGAAGCAUGUAAACAAAUAUGAGAAGGAUGAAGAUGUUUGUGGAGUGUGUGGGAAACAUUUUGAGUCCAAGGAGAGCUUGAGACUUCACCUACAAUCUCAUAUCCAAACAAACAACUGUGAUGUUUGUGGAAAACAGUUCAACUCCCCAAAACACUUGGAGAUGCACAUGAGAACACACACAGGACAGAAGCCUUACAUCUGCAGUGUGUGCUGGAAAGCCUUUUGUCAAAAGGGAAACCUGCAAAGACAUAUGCAGGUCCAUACCAAAGAGAAACCAUACAGCUGUGAUGUCUGUGGGGAAGCAUGUGCCACAAACAAAACCCUGAACAAACACAUAAAAAGUCAUACAAGGGAAUGUGUCUGCAAUAUGUGCGGUCUGAGCUUCAGACAGAGUCUCGGUUCUGGACAGAACUCAGAACUGUGUGAAAACUGUAGUGAAAGUCAAGACUCUGAAAAGCAGAAUGCUCAGUCAGAAAUGGAAAUCCAGGAAAGCGUCACCCAGAAUCUAACAGAUGACAGGCACACAGAGAGCAAUGAUGCUGAAAGUGAAGCAGGCAGCAAUGAUGAUGAGUCAAAGGAAAGUGGAGGACUAGUUAUUCAUUCUCAAAGCUCGGUGAAACCCAAAGGCCCUGAAAAUGUGGAAGGGAAAUAUUGCUGUAAAGUGUGUGGCAGGUGUUUCUGCCAGAGAGCCUCAUUCUUGAAGCAUGUCAAAAAAGUAGAGGAUGAAAAAGAUAUUUGUGGAGUUUGUGGGAUACCUUUUCAGUCCAUAGAAAGCUUAAAGCUUCACCUUCAAUCUUACACUGAAACAAGUGAAUGUGGAGUCUGUGGCAGACAAUGUGAUGGCCCAAAACACCUGGAGAUGCACAUGAGGUCACACACAGGAGAGAAACCAUACAUGUGUAGUGUCUGUGAGAGAUCUUUUGCACUCAAGGGAACACUGAUGGCACACAUGCGGGUGCACACCAAAAAGAAACCAUACAGCUGUGAUGCCUGUGGGAAAGCCUUCUCCAGGAACGAAUCUCUGAAGAUGCACAUGCGAGUUCACACCAAGGAAUGUGUGUGCAACAUGUGCGGGCAGAGCUUCAGACAGAAUCAAGGUUUUGGACAGAAUUCAGAGCUGUGCAAAGCCUGCAGCAAACUUCAGGAGUCUGAUGAGAGAUUGAAUGUCCAGUUAGGAAUGGGAAUCAAAGAAAAUCUCAUCCAGAAUCAAACAGAUGGCAUGCAGAUAGAGUGCAGGGAUGCUGAGAGCAAAGAAGGUAGUGAUGACAAUGAGUCAAAGAAAAGGGAAGGAGCUGACAUGCAGGCUCAAAGCUCAAUCAAACCACAAUACCCUGAAAAUAUGGACAGGAGAUAUUGCUGUAAAGUAUGUGGCAAGUCUUUCUGCCACAGAGCCUCAUUCUUGAAGCAUGUCAAAAAAGUUGAGAAUGAAAAAGAUAUUUGUGGAGUGUGCGGUAAACAUUUUGAGUCCAAGGAGAGCUUGAGACCUCACCUAAAAACAUGUGCCCAAAAUAUCCAAACAAGUGAUUGUAAAUUUUGUGGAAAACAAUUUAAAGGCCCAACACAGCUGGAGAUGCACACGCGGACACACACAGGAGAGAAACCAUACAUCUGCAGUGUCUGUGAUAGAUCUUUUGCUCAAAAGGGAACGCUGAUGUCACAUAUGCACGUGCAUACCAAAGAAAAACCAUACAUCUGUGAUGUUUGUGGCAAAGCUUUUGCCAGGAAUGAGUACCUAAAGGCGCACAUGCGAGGCCACACUAAGGAAUGUGUUUGCAGCAUGUGUGGUCAGAACUUAAGAUGGACCCAGGGUUCUGGACAGGGCCCAAAACUCUGCACAUUCUGCAGCAAAAGUCUGGAAUCUGGCGGGGGAUUGCAUGGUCAUUCAAAGUUAGAUGACAAGGAAAAUAUGACUCAGAAUGAAACUGAUCAUAGGCAGACAGAGAGCUGUGAUGCUGAGAGCAAAGCAGGUAGAAAUGAUGAGGAGUCAGAGGUAAGUGAGGGAUCUACUAUUCAGAAGAGACAUGAAGACCCUGAAGGUAUGGGCCCUAAAUAUUGUUGUCAAGUAUGUGGUAAAUCGUUCUGCUUUAGAGUUUCUUUAUUGAAUCAUGUGAAAAAAGAGGAGACCGACAAAGAUAUAUGUGGAGUGUGCGGGGAAGGUUUUGAGUCUGCUGAGAGCUUGAGACUUCACCUGCAAUCUUACGUUCAAACAAGUGACUGUGGAGUUUGUGGCAAACAGUUCAGUCGCCCACAGCAGCUGGAGAUGCACAUGAGGAUACAUACAGGAGAGAAACCAUACAUCUGCAGUGUGUGCAGGAAAGCUUUUAGUCGAAAGGGGCUCCUUGUGACACACAUGCAGGUGCACACAAGAGCAUCUGUCUGCAGUGUCUGUGGUCAAAGCUUCAGACAGUGUCAGAGUUUGAGACAAAGUCCUAAAAUGUGCAAGACAUGCAGUAAACGUUUGGAAAGUUUUGAGAACGUGAAUUUAACUAAAAUAGACAGUAAGUUAAACAUUGAACAGGAUCAAACAGAUGAGAGACAAACAGAGAGCUGUGACUCUGAGACCAAUGUACACAAAAGUGUUAUGGAGGACAUGAAAAGUGAAGAAACUGAAAAUAUGGGCCCCAAGUAUUGUUGUCAAGUAUGCAGCAGAUCUUUCUGCUUCAGAGUUUCUUUAUUAAAUCAUGUAAAAAAAGAGGAGACUGACAAAGCUAUAUGUGGAGUGUGUGGGGAAGGUUUUGAGUCUGCAGAGAGCUUGAGACUUCAUCUGCAAUCUUACACCCAAAGAAGUGACUGUGGAGUUUGUGGCAAACAGUUCAGUCGCCCACAGCAGCUGGAGAUGCACAUGAGGAUACAUACAGGAGAGAAACCAUACAUUUGCAGUGUGUGCAGGAAAGCUUUUAGUCAAAAAGGGCUCCUUGUGGCACAUAUACAAGUGCAUACAAGGGCUCAUGACUGCAGCGUCUGUGGUCAAAGCUUCAGACAGAGUCAGGGUGUUAGACAAAACCCUGAAAUGUGCAAGACAUGCAGUAAACAUUUGGAAAGUGAUGAGAACCUCAAUGUAAAUAAAAUCGACAAUAAGUUCAACAUUAAACUAAAUCAAACAGAUAAGAGACAACCAGAGAGCUGUGACGCUGAGACCAAUGUUGGCAAUAGUGUAAGGGAGGGCAUGAAAAGUGAAGAAACUGAAAAUAUGGACCAUAAUUACCUGUGUAAAGUGUGCAGCAGGUCUUUUAGCAUCAGAACCUGUUUCAUUAAACACGUAAAAAGACAUGAGAUGGAUGUAAAAAUUUGUGGAGUGUGCGGGAAACAUUUUGAGUCUAAGGAGAGCUUGAGACUUCACUUACAAACAUACGACCAAAAAAAUGAUUGCGAAGUUUGUGGCAAACUAUUCAAAUCUCCAUAUCAGCUGGAGAUCCACAUGAGGAUGCACACUGGAGAGAAACCGUACGUAUGUAGCGUAUGUGGGAAAUCCUUCUAUGAAAAGGGGAAGCUAAAGACUCACAUGCUAAUCCACACUGGGAAGAAAACAUAUGUCUGCCACGUGUGUGGUCAGAGCUUCCUCUUUAGGUAUUAUAUGAUGAGUCACAUCAAAUCCCACACAAACGAAAAGCCUUUUCUCUGCAGCGUCUGUGGGAAGAGAUUUAAAUGGAGGGCGUGCCUCACAGCCCACAUGAGGACCCACACGGGAGAGUUCAGAUACCGCUGCUUUGUGUGCAACAAGAAGUUCCACCAGAGCAGUUCUCUGAAAAUUCACUUAAGAUUCCACACUGGAGAAAAACCGUAUCAGUGUAACGUGUGUGGGAAGAGCUUCAAGGCCCACUGGCCUCUUAAACAACACCUUGAAACGCACAACACUGGGAGAAAGCACAGCUGUAGCAUCUGUGGCAAAAUGUAUAGGUGGAAAGAGAGUCUGAAGAAGCACGAGAAGACUCACAGAUACUAAUAUUUUUGUUGUUUGUUUGAGAUGCGCCAGUAUUUAUUUUGGUAUAGAUAGGAUUGGGUGUUAUUCAUCUUUUAAAGACUGUUAAACAUUUGUAGAAUUUUUCCAUGGUUUAUGGUAUUAACCCCAGUUGGUAAAAAACACAUACAAGAAGCAGGUGGGACCAAGUUUUCCCAGCACCAUCAAAGCAAUAUUGUGGUUGUUUCAAAGUACCUAGGGAUUCAGUAUUACUGUAUUAUUGCCCAUUCCUACCCCCACAAUAUUUUGCUUGUAAAAGCCUUUACAAUACCACAAAGAUGCUCUAUCACAUACAGUGUCAGAUCACUAGCUUUGACUUUGGCAGUAAACCUGAAAGUUACUCUGCAUCUUUGUUAGCCUGAUCUUAAAGAAUGUCAUGACACAACUAUACCACUCAAAAACGCGUUUAAAAAUCAAAUGAGUUUGGCGCGCUAGUAGUCGAGUGGUUAAGGCACAUGCCAUAUACGCAGGUGACCCGGGUUCGAAUCCGGCCCGUGGCACUAUUUCCUGCAUGUCUCUCCCUGCUCUCUCCCCUGUUUCCGACUCUAUCCACUGUCCUAUCAAAUAAAGGCAAAAAGGCCAAAAAUAAAUCUUAAAAAAAAAAAUCAAAUGAGUUUUACACUAGUAUUACUUCUUUUACCACACUUUAAA